GCUUGCUGUCUCUCUCUCAGCCAAAUCAUAUAACAGAAAACACACCAGUAUAAAAUAAAGAUCUAUAUAGAUACAUUUAAAACAUCAGAACCGGAGUUAUUUACAGGAUCAUUGAUUAUUAUUAAUGAUAAUUAAAUGAGGAAAGGAAUAUAAUUGUGGGGGAGAUGUUAUAAAAGUGUAAUAAUCAGAAAUAAAUCAGUAAUAAUUAUUAAUAAUCAGUUAUAUAUUGUGGCUUUAUUUACGCUGGUGUUCUUCAGGUUGUGAGAGUCAGUAUUCCCUCCGUUAGACUGACUGACUUUAACUGCAGUUAAAUAUUCUCUCUGUUCUGUUGUUGGUUAUUGUGGUUCUGGUUUAUUUGGGUGUGGGUUCUGUUGUUGGUGUUGGUUCUGUUGUUGGUGCUGGGUAUUUUGGUAUGUGGGUUCUGGUUUAUUUGGGUGUGGGUUCUGUUGUUGGUGCUGGUUCUGUUGUUGGUGCUGGGUAUUUUGGUAUGUGGGUUCUGGUUUAUUUGGGUGUUGGUUCUGUUGUUGGUGUUGGUUCUGUUGUUGGUGCUGGUUCUGUUGUUGGUGCUGGGUAUUUUGGUAUGUGGGUUCUGGUUUAUUUGGGUGUGGGUUCUGUUGUUGGUGUUGGUUCUGUUGUUGGUGCUGGUUCUGUUGUUGGUGCUGGGUAUUUUGGUAUGUGGGUUCUGGUUUAUUUGGGUGUGGGUUCUGUUGUUGGUGCUGGUUCUGUUGUUGGUUAUUGUGGUGCUGGUUUAUUUGGGUGCUGGUUCUGUUGUUGGUGCUGGUUCUGUUGUUGGUGCUGGUUCUGUUGUUGGUGUUGGUUCUGUUGUUGGUGCUGGUUCUGUUGUUGGUGUUGGUUCUGUUGUUGGUGUUGGUUCUGUUGUUGGUGCUGGGUAUUUUGGUAUGUGGGUUCUGGUUUAUUUGGGUGUGGGUUCUGUUGUUGGUGUUGGUUCUGUUGUUGGUGCUGGUUCUGUUGUUGGUGCUGGGUAUUUUGGUAUGUGGGUUCUGGUUUAUUUGGGUGUGGGUUCUGUUGUUGGUGCUGGUUCUGUUGUUGGUGUUGGUUCUGUUGUUGGUGUUGGUUCUGUUGUUGGUGUUGGUUCUGUUGUUGGUGCUGGUUCUGUUGUUGGUGUUGGUUCUGUUGUUGGUGUUGGUUCUGUUGUUGGUGCUGGUUCUGUUGUUGGUGUUGGUUCUGUUGUUGGUGUUGGUUCUGUUGUUGGUGCUGGUUCUGUUGUUGGUGCUGGUUCUGUUGUUGGUGUUGGUUCUGUUGUUGGUGCUGGUUCUGUUGUUGGUGUUGGUUCUGUUGUUGGUGUUGGUUCUGUUGUUGGUGCUGGUUCUGUUGUUGGUGCUGGUUCUGUUGUUGGUGUUGGUUCUGUUGUUGGUGUUGGUUCUGUUGUUGGUGCUGGGUAUUUUGGUAUGUGGGUUCUGGUGUAUUUGGGUCAGUGUUUUGUUUACUGUAAGAGGAAUGUGAGCUGCAGAGCUCUGAGUUUAGUUUAGAGAGACAGAUGUUAUCAUUACCUCAAAUUAGACUCUACUAAAAUAACCUGUUGUUUACGUGACGCACCUCUCCGGAUUUAUCCCGGCCUACACCAAACUCUACCGUAUACCAUUAUAUAUUAAUACUAAAAUCAUUCAGACUAUGAAGAAACACAUAUUAAAUUAUUUAAUAAACAAAAAAGUUAAGUUAGAAAAUCCAGAAUAUGUUUUAUAUUUUAUAUUCAUGUUUAGAUGAUCAGUUUUGAGCAUCUCUGCUGGAUUUUCUCAGUCAGUUUUAUGAGGUAGAGUCUCCUGGAAUUCAGGCUUUCAGUUAACAGCUGUGCUGAACUCAUCAAGAGUUAAUUACUUGAAUUUCUUGUCUCUUAAUAAAGUGUUUGAGAGCAUCAGUUAAAGUAAAGUAGUGAAGAGGUAGAGUUACAGGUAUACAGUGAAUAGUGAAUAUUUGAGUAAUGUUCGAAUCCAGAUUAUGAGAAGAAACAACUACUCAACUAAGUAAAGAAAAA